AUGUUUGAGUCUGAAUCAAAGAGUCAUUUCAUGACAGGAAAUACCUUUCAGACAUUGCUCCGGGGAUUGUUGACGCCAGCAUAUGCUAUCAAGCGUAAAGCGCUUGGCUUGACCAUCAAGGAUCGAGGACUCCUGCUGACUGACGCUUGGAGCGGGUUCCAUUGCUACAAGACUGGAUUGAACCACGCCAGAGAGGCGUGGUGCCUGAGCUCCAAUGUGAAGCUGCCGGCCCUCCAGGCCGGAGGUUGGUCGGCAAAUGCCCAACCAAUCGACCAGGUGCAUCAUAUCCUCCGCAUGCGCCUUGACAUGAGCGACAGCAGUGACCUUGGAUGCUUGCCUGAUCUCCGUGACAGGGAUCGCUAUCAAGCUCUACCGGUGAAGGCCAAUGGCCAGGUCCAAAGACCAAAGGCCUUCAACCUCCAGUUGCCUCAAAGAACGCUGGCUGCGUGGCAGUCAAUGCCAGACGAGUGCUUUGUAUCUGCAUGGAUUGCGUGUGGCUACUUUGACGGCAGCCACUUCCCAGAUGUCAGUGAGAUGACCCAAAAGGAUGCCAUUGAAUCCCUCGACCCGACUGGCUUGAUGAGGCAAGUUGGCAUCCCUUCGGAUCAUGCUGGCGAAAGCGUCAGUGCUGACAGGUGGUACUGGUGCGUCAGGAUGGAGGAUGGCAGAGUCGCUGCACUGCCCUCCGUGAUCGGAAAUCAGGUGGAGAGAUUGGUCUGCCGCCAUCGACGCGACCGGAAGAUGAUAGUGGACAAGAUGCCUACAGAUUGGGAGAAAAAGCUUUCCACCAUCAACAGCCAGACCAUGUCAAUCUGCUGGAAUCGGAAGACUUGCUCCAUGGCAACCCCUUGGUAUGUGAAGAAAGUGACAAGGAUGGUGCAUGGCAAGUUGGAGUUUGUCCCAGGGUCAGGAAAGGGGUACGAGUUGAUAUACCUUCGCUUCACACCAAGUGAUGAAAAGGAUCCUGCUGGUCGUGGGACCUAUUGGCUAAGUUCUGCCAACUAUGAAGCCCGACCUGUUUGCUGCAUGAACUCCACAGCAGAUAGGAGCGGAUUUGACUUGUUGAAAGAAGCGUACGCAGGCGUGGAGAGAUGA